AUGCACCAAGGUGCACCACACCAACGACCCGCCACCACCAAAAUACACAAGAUGGAUAUUUCGAUACCGACAUACACAGUCUCGUCUCCGACGAGCUUCACUGUGCAGGUUGAUCUGGAAGGCGGUGGCGACGUGCGGCAUCGGGGCGAAGAGAACAAGUAUACGUUGACUAAGCGGUACUCGGACUUUGUGGCUCUGGUGUCCCAGCUGGAAGACGAGGUGGGACGAACGGUGGAGGUUGCUCUGCCGCCAAAGUCGUGGUUCAAGAGCAAAAACGUCGAGUUUCUGGACGACCGGCGACGUGGUCUCGAGGUCUUUCUGCGUCGACUGGUCAAGAUUCCUCAUUUUUACUCGUCGGCUGCGCUGCUAGAGUUCUUGCAGCUACAAAAGGUGGGGCCUUGCAAGGGGGGAGCUGGGGGCUCUGGGGUGACAGCGCCAGUGUCGUGGGACGACCAGGUUGCUAGCAUUACUCAGAUGCUCAAGACCGCUCGCAGCAAUGUCGUUGCAGGUACUGCAGAGCGGUACGAGAAUCAGAAGCUGGUUCUGACUGCCCAGACUCGGUUUGCGCAGUUGGAAAAAUCGCUGAAUGAGCCUGCGGGCGAGAAGACGUCCGACAACGAGCACCGGCGCCGAAGAACGCUGUUGAUGGACCUCCAGAAGCUGCUGAAACAGGUGGUGGCGCAGUUGAGUGCACAGGCGGGCUCGGAGACAUCUUCGGGUACCUCCACGCCUCUCACGGGGACUGUGCGCAGCAGCCAGCGGGGCUCCGGACGCAAAGGACGAGUUUUGGGUGAAACUGACAAGACCAGACAGCUCAACAACUCGGGCCUGGUGCAGCUGCAAAAGGACUCGUUCCAGGAGCAGGAUGAGAGUCUGAGGCAGAUGCUGGGCACGAUUCAGCGGCAAAAGGAGCUUGGAGAGGCGAUCCGGCAGGAGGUGGAUCUGCAGAAUGAGCAGCUCGACGAGUUGAAUGGAGAGGUGGAGUUGACAGGAGCGAGAUUGAAGAAUGCUCAGAGGCAGGUGGGUAAAUUCACGUGA